CUGGAUUUAGUGUGGUCGAAUUUUGGAAGAAUCUCCUUGACGCAAGAAUAAUCUUCCCGAUACGACAAGAUAUGAAGAGGGCUGAAUUAAAUGCGCUGGAAUCUUACUCUACGAUCGAAAACAACUAUGUCUUACUAAAUAAAGGUGUGACUACUGAUUCAGACGGCAUGCUAUACGAUAAUGGGAAGAAAACAAAUGUGAAAUUGCCAUCAAUACUAAUGAAUGACUUUGGCGGGAUGCUGUGUCUACCGGAUGGUGUGUUCUUUUUGGGAAAUAAAAGUUAUGGAUCGAAGCUUCUUAUACGGAACUGUUAUCUGCAGUUAUUCGAAUUAAUUAAAAUGAAUUGCAAAUCAAAUGGCCCAGCCUCUGCUGGUUGCACGAUUACUGGUACUCCUGGUAUCGGAAAAACAUAUUUUGGUCUAUCUCUCCUCUUUUACAUUCGUUACAAUUAUCCUGAGGCUACAAUAGUCUGGCAAUAUAACGAAAAAAUGUGCUAUCAAUUCUUACCUAAUGAUAAUGUGCAAAAAGAGGAUAUUAACCUGUUUAAUAGAACACUGGAUAGUCCUAAUAACUUCUUCCUAGUUGAUGCUCAAGCUUUGACAUUUAAUUAUCAGGCCUAUAUGAUCCAGCUUACAUCGCCGAAGGAGGAAAGAUUUAAGAAGGCUGUCAAAUGGCCAGGAUUUGCUAAAUAUUUCAUGCCACUUUGGGAACUCGAAGAAAUCACCGCACUUUGGACCCUUCAAUACAAGAACAAGAAAAAUUUCCGAGGUGAAGAGUUCACACUUGAAUUAGUUGGGGAAUUGUUAGACAGGUGGGGUCCAAUACCCAGGUCAGUUCUUUUAAAGUGGGACGAUGUGGCAUAUCAGCAAAAUUACCAACAAUUAAUUAAUGAAGUCAACUUAGAAGACUGUAUAAACUCUAUUGAUAAGUCGGGCAUGCCUACAGAUACCAUUAGCGGUAGGCUUGUAUAUCUUGACCCAGAUCCAGAAUUUGCAAGUGUAGUAUAUCGUGUUGCUUCUCCAAGGGUGUUUAAUAGGGUUAUUCAGGAAUAUGAAAUUAGAACAAAGAGGAACGCUCGUGAUUUAAUCAUGAGCAGUCCCGAAUUUCGAAUGUUUCGGGGAAAUAUGUUCGAAGAUAUUGCCCAUAGGACGUUGCAAAAUGGUGGUAUAUUUAGGGUGCGAUGCCUGAAUGGUGAUAACUCAGAUAUAAACGAAAGAAAUAUCAAGGAGAUGGAGUGUAACUGGUUCACGACACUGAAUGAAGCACGUAAGGAAUAUUAUAACAGACCAAAAUCAAAGACAUUUGCAUCGAUUAAUUCUUUUAGCCUCGAUAACAAAACCUUGGACUUGUACCAAAUUACUAUCUCAGAGAACCACAGCUUAAAGAAAAAAGGGCUUAAUGACCUUGACCGUCUACUUCCAUGGAGAAAGGAUGUGAAUGACUUUAAUUUAUACUUUGUCGUGCCAUCUAACAUUUUUGAAACAUUUCCCCUGCAAAAAUACAAGACGACUAAAAACGAAAAUUGUCAGAAAAUUCCAAGCUGGAUUGACAAUAUAACCCAAUAUGCACUAGAGAUCAACUUGGGCAUUAGUAAUAAAAGCGCAAAAAAGCGAUCUAGUGUUGCGAUAUCAGGAGACUAUGAAAAUGAGGAAACGACAGGGAAGGGAACGAAUAAAGAUGCGAAAAAACGAAAAACAAAGAGUGAUACAGACGACGAAACGUCAGAAAGCAAUGUGAUUUCAGGACGGCGUAAUUUGAAGCGAUCAAAUGUGAUAGACAAUGAAGAUGAGGAUGCAUCAAAGAGUGACGUUGAAAAAAUGGAAAACGAAAAAGAUUGUAGAGGAUGUAAGUGGUGA